ACAGUUGAUUUCUCCAGAUCUGCUGCCUGCCUCAUCACAAAAUAUGCGGUCGUUUAUGGCUCCUGACAGCUUGAUUUUUACGCACCAACGGUAUUACCUGUGUUAAAAUAUGCUCUGUGACUUUGAGAUCUAGAAGCUAAAGAAACAAAUCCCAGCUGUAUGUACUCAGAAGACCCCGAAAUGCACCAACAUGUCUUUAUAGCGAAGAAUGGCCUCUAGUGGAAGCACUUAUAAACACCCAUUUGUCCUUACACGCUGUUUUUAUAUGAAUUCUCCAACGUCCUGCCUCGACACUAUAACAUAAGAGGAUGUCCAACCCUGAGAAAUGACGCCCCCAUUCCCCCCCUGAACAGUGGGAAAACACACUACAGCAGUCCGGAGCAGAACAGCUGCGCCAGAGUGCGGCGCAGCCGGGGAGGAGAUACGCGAACGCCGCCGCUCUCAGUGCCGUUCUCCGGCUCCUCUCGAGACAAACCGUCUUCGCCUCCUUGCUUCAUUUGUCAACAUUAUACUUGGAGGAGAGGACGGGGCGCGUCUACAUAUUGGACGUAGAUACUACAGUGCGCGUAAAACACGGCAUUCUAUAGCGCCUUAUAGACUUGACGCGCUUUGAUGUCAUCCGGCUGUUCAGUGUCGGAUCGUUUCAUUUAUAAAAGUGGGUCGACAUUAAACUAGACGCAUAUCAUAUCAAGAGUUAUCAUCACUCGCUUGCGGGCAGACAUGGAAGAUGGUCCGCCUUCCACAAACUGUUUCCGAAGGUUUACGGACUGUUUCCUUGGCUCAAGUCUGACGGAUGAGAAAGUGAAGGCUUAUCUCUCCCUUCACCCACAGAUGCUGGAUGAGUUCGUGCUGGAGAGUGUGAGUGUGGAGACCGUAGACAGAUGGCUGAAACGGAAAAACAGCAACCAGCCUGCAGGUAUGGACUCAUGGCCAUGUGCUCCAAUAUUCUUCAAUAAGAGCCCUUAUACAGUGCAUGUGUAUGUGUGUCUUUCUUGUGUCCAGCAGUACCAGGACACGAAUAUGCAGAGCGUCGUAUAUGAGCUCAACAGCUACAUGGAGCAGCGGCUGGACACUGGAGGAGACAACAAACUACUGCUUUAUGAGCUGUGCAACAUCAUCAAAACAGCCACAAAAGCUGAUGGAUUUGCACUUUACUUCCUUGGAGAAUGCAACAAUAGUUUAUGUUUGUUUACUCCGACGGGGGCAAAAGAGGGGCUUCCUGGGCUCAUCCCCUCUGGUCCCAUCACAUUUGGGACCACCAUUGCCGCUCACGUUGCAAAGACACGCAAGACACUACUUGUAGAGGACAUCAUGGGGGAUGAGAGGUUCCCUCAUGGCACAGGGCAGGACUCAGGGAUCCGUGUACAUUCUGUUUUGUGUCUACCUAUCCUCACCGCCAUCGGAGACCUCAUCGCUAUCCUGGAGCUGCACCGGCACUUGGGCAGUGAGCCCUUCAACCUCAGCCACCAUGAGGUUGCAACAGCGAAUUUGGCCUGGGCAUCUGUAGCCAUACAUCAAGUCCAGGUCUGCAGAGGUCUUGCCAAACAGACGGAACUCAAUGACUUUCUCCUAGAUGUGUCAAAAACAUACUUUGACAACAUAGUGGCAAUAGAUUCUCUACUUGAACAUAUCAUGAUAUAUGCAAAAAACCUAGUUAAUGCAGACAGAUGUGCGCUCUUCCAGGUAGAUCACAAUAAUAAAGAGCUGUACUCUGACCUGUUUGACAUCGGGGAGGAGAAUGAAGGGAAACCUGUCUUUAGGAAAACCAAAGAAAUUAGGUUUUCUAUAGAGAAAGGAAUAGCAGGCCAGGUGGCGAGAACAGGAGAAGUUUUGAAUAUUCCGGAUGCCUAUGCAGACCCCCGUUUCAACAGAGAAGUAGAUCUCUACACUGGCUACACGACGCGGAAUAUCCUGUGCAUGCCGAUAGUCAGCCGCGGGACCGUGAUUGGUGUUGUACAAAUGGUGAACAAGCUGGGAGGAAGUGCCUUCACUAAAACUGAUGAGAACAACUUUAAGAUGUUCGCCGUCUUCUGUGCUUUGGCCUUACACUGUGCAAAUAUGUAUCACCGGAUAAGACAUUCAGAGUGCAUUUACCGGGUGACGAUGGAGAAGCUUUCGUACCACAGCAUCUGCACAUCAGAGGAGUGGAAGACCCUCACACAUCUCUCCCUCCCUUCAGCCAUAUAUAAAGAGAUCGAACUGUUUCACUUUGACAUUGCUCCUUUUGAGGAACUUUGGCCUGCAAUAUUUGUAUACAUGGUUCACAAUUCAUGUGGAAAAAACGGCUUUGAGCAGGAGAAACUGUGUCGCUUCACUAUGUCAGUGCGGAAAAAUUACAGACGAGUUCCAUACCACAACUGGAAACAUGCUGUGACGGUGGCACACUGCAUGUACGCCAUCCUGCUAAAAACCACUGGGAUCUUCACUGAGCUUGAGAGGAAAGGCUUGCUGAUUGCCUGCUUAUGUCAUGACCUGGACCACCGCGGCUACAGUAACAGUUAUCUGCAGAAGUUUGACCAUCCGCUGGCUGCUCUGUAUUCCACAUCCACCAUGGAACAGCAUCACGUUUCACAGACGGUGUCCAUCCUGCAGCUGGAAGGGCACAAUAUUUUCUCCAACCUGACUUCCAGUGAGUAUGAGCAGGUGCUGGAGAUCAUCAGAAAGGCCAUCAUCGCUACAGACCUCGCUUUGUACUUCGGCAACCGCAAGCAGCUGGCUGAACUGCUGGCCACAGGGGUGCUGGACCUGAACAAUCGUGCUCACAGGGACCGUGUGAUCGGUCUGAUGAUGACGGCCUGUGAUCUCUGCUCUGUGACCAAACUGUGGUCCGUCACACAACUCACAGCCAAUGACAUCUAUGCUGAGUUCUGGGCUGAGGGGGAUGAAAUGAAGAAGAUUGGAAUGCAGCCCAUCCCUAUGAUGGACAGGGAUAAAAAGGAUGAGGUUCCCCAGGGACAGGUCGGGUUUUACAAUGCUGUGGCUAUUCCCUGUUACACCACCCUGUCAGAGCUGUUUCCUCCCUCCGGUCCUCUGCUUACAGCCUGCAGGGAAAAUCUGGCCCAAUGGGAACAAAUCGUGCAAGGAGAGGACACCUCUGCAUGGGCUUCUACUAACGAGGCCGAACUGAGCGAGACAUCAGACAGUGGACCAGUAAAAGUGGAUAAUUGAAUCCGUGGCACCUGUCCCACAGCACCACCUACACCUGCCAGAGACACUGGACUUCCUGUGGACAGUCCCACGUCCUGCAGAGACAGGAGGAAGCGCAGAGGCCAGGCGGAGAAGGAUACAUUCAGAAAAAAUAAACAAAACAUAAUGUUACCUCAGUGGGUGACGGAGGCGUACACUCUAAUGAGAUCAGGGCUCCCUUGUUGAUGGCUGGGACUCGAGUCCACUCUGUGUGGGAUCACUUCAGCAGAAUGGCAGUACUUGUCCUUAGGAGGUUGCUUCUGCAUAUUUUCGUUUAGAUGCACCUGCGGUCCCUGCAGACAGUUUUGGAGCUCUGACUGACUGAUGGCCUUCUGUAAAUACUGCAGGACUGAUGAGUGAAUGUAAUCAAUACUGUCACAAACUGCUUCAAGAUGCCUGUUAGUUUUUAAGUGUACCAAAGGUGUACACCAUUGUAUAUGGGGAUGUUAAACAUGGCUUCCAAUGGUUGUGUCGGCAUGCGACAUGCGCACUGUGUGUAGAGAGAUUGAGUUUGGAGAUGUAAGCUACAUUCUAAUGGUGCUAUCUUAGGCAGUCAUGCACUUUCUGGUCCCGUGCGCAUGCAAGUGUGUUCGCUCUGGAGUAAUGCUACCAACCCCAUCUACUACGGAGUCAGAGUUGAGAGGAUCUAUUAAGCACCGGUCACCUCAGUCACCCAUGAUCAUCCACAACCAGCUGUCUUUGCCCUCAUAUGCACUAUAUUUAGAGACUAUUAUUAUAGUUAUUAAUAUUAUUGCUCCUAUUAUAUUAUUGCCACAAUUAUUGAUUAUUACCGUUGUUAUUUUGUUAAUUAGAGUUACAUUUUAAAUUAACUUAUAUUUUUUAUACAAAGUUUAGCGUUUUUGUUUUGUACAGAGCAAAUUGUACAUUAUGGAAUAAAGCGAAUGGUCAUUUAGAGAAACUGCAUACUGUUGCCCGAGAUAAAUGUCUCAUCUCUAAAUGUAUGAGCAGUAAUUACUUUUAUUAAAUAUUU